AAAAGCAAAACAUCUGUGCUGUGCGUCCACCAUUGCAAAAUGACUACAGCUACAGAGGGAACUAAAUCAAUAGAUGAUACGUUAAUUGCUAUGAUUACAACGCUGAAACCGAUAAUUAAGUCCGAUAUGAAAUCGUUAGAUUGUGAAACACCCCUGAAAAGACCCUUAUCCACAGGUAUAUUUGAUUAUGUGACGCCGGCAAAGAAAAUGAAACAGGAUACCGUUGACCAGUACAUUGGGUCCCCGCGUGAAACUAGACGUCUCCGUGCGGACCUCAUUGAAUCUAGGAACAGUAUACUGAGUUUGGAGAACAGAAUUAAGCACAUGCAUACAGUGAGGCAAGAAACGCAGAUCAUGUUCGAUGCAGAACUUCGGAGUUUGCAACAUCAACACGAGUACGACCGCAAGUCCAUAACGGAUCUCGAGGAACAACUGCAAAGUGUUCGCAAACGGGAAUCCGUUGUUAAAACGGAACUAACCGAGCUGAAAGCUAAAUAUGACAACUUAAAAAUUGAUACGGAUAAACGCAUUGAAGAAUUGGAAAAGCAGCUCGCCGACUUUAAAGCCGAUAACAUUAUCGAAAUGGAUGCCAAAAAUGAGAUCAUCACAAAUUUAAGAUCGAGAAACUUAGAAUUGGAGACUUUUCUAAAGACUGUCGAGGAAGAUUCUGAGGGACACAAGAAGUUGUCGUCUGAAUUAGAGAAGCGUUUGAUGGAGAAAAGUGAGGUUGAGCGUAAUUUAGAAUUGAAAGAUCAAGCGUGGCAACGAGCACGGCUGGAGUUAAAGGAUUUGGAGUAUAUACGGGAGAACUAUUUAGAGUAUCAGCAGCAGAUUAAGACACAUCAACAUAAACUAUUGGCCUAUGAUGAACUAGAAAAGGAAAAUCAACACCUGAAAGAUGAAACAAAACGACUCAAAGAUGCCGUUCACAACAAACUGAUUCUUGAAGAGGAGGUGUACGAUUUAAAAAAUCGUUUAAGCAAUUAUAAGGAGCAGGAAAAGAAGUUGAGUGCUUUACAGGUGGCGCAAGUGCAGUCGGAAUUGUAUUUAAAUGAGUGGCGUUCCGUGGCGAGGGGAAUCUGCGAAACAACUGGCUCUGAUGCAACUCUGCCCCAUCUCCUACGUAGUGUAGUAGAGCAUUUACAACAACAAGAACUGACGUUAACCGAGAUGAAAGUACAGCUCGAGUCACAACUGAAUGUCACAACUCAUGAUGCAAAAGUUGCUCGAAGUGAAUUAGAAAAAUGUCAAAAUUUAAUCUCCGAUCUGCAAGCUAGCGACCAACAUAAGCAAAAUUUAAUUCGUCGCAUGCAAAAGAAGCUCUUGUUAGUCAGCCGCGAACGAGACAGUUAUCGACUACAAUUAGAUUCGUAUGAACGAGAUCUGACAAUGACCGUUAGUUCUGCUAACGCAGCACAAGGCGGCGUUCAACAAUCUCAAAGGGACCGAAUUGAGAAUUUGGAACGAAUUGUCGAUGGCUAUCGAGAUAUGGUCUCAAAAUUGGAAUCUGAUUUGCAGAAAAGUGAACCUACAAUAAAUCGUGGUGAAACUAUUCCAAUACGUGUGGAACAAAUGUCACGACUUCAAGACGAAAUUGACCAUUUGAAAAUGGACAAUGACCAUCUACGAGAGCAGAGAGAUAACUUAGAAAUACAGCUGGAAAAAUUGUCUGAUCCCGGAAACGAUGUAAACUCCGGUCGUAUCGUACACCUCACCAGAAACCCUCUGGCCGAACAAAUUCAACAACACGAAAACGAACUGGAAUCUCUUAAGGAGACGAAUGAACGUCUAAAACGUAAAAUAAUAAAUCUAAAAGAAGGUCUCGAAGCCAGUAAGUUGGAUCUUACAAUGAAUCCUAAAGAAAUUAAUGCAUUAAAAGAACAACUAAAAUCGUCAGAAAGUCAAGUACAACGUUUGAAAGAUUAUUUUAAAUCGUCCAUGCAAGAAUUUCGCAACGUGGUGUAUAUGUUACUGGGGUACAAAAUAGAUAAAAAUUCAAAUUCCCAGUACAAGCUGACCAGCAUGUACGCCGAACAACAAGAAGAUCAAAUUUGUUUUCAACUAAACGCGGAGGGCGCAUUAAAUUUGUUAGAAAACGAAUUUAGUAUGACGCUGGAGGACAUGGUCGACUUACAUUUAAGACAUCAAAAAUCGAUUCCCGUGUUUUUGAGUGCUAUUACGAUGGAUCUUUUCAAUAAUCGCACUAUGGCUACUAAAACGUUUGAAAUAGAUGACGACUGAGUUUGAACUCUUUUUUUCGUAAUCAUAUGUAUUAUUGGUGGGCCCAUCUUUUUCCUAUCCUAUGAUAUUUUAUAAACUGUUCGGUAUCUACUGUACAAAAUCUAUGGGAUUAAUAAAUUACAUGCCGCAGGCAAUAUCACUUUCA